AUGGCAUUGUAUACAAACGAAAAAGACUCGAUUCGAUCGUCAUCAUCGUCGUCGUUGUCAUCGGUGCUAAUUGAAGAUCAGUAUUAUCGAAGAAAUUCGUUGUUAUUUUCAUGUUGCGGUUGCCAUCGAACACGACAAGUAGUAAAAAUUGAAGAUAAACCGAAAAGGAACAGUCUACAAAAUGGAUUCUUCAAGCGCAUUCAAAUUUUCAAAGCACAAAAGCGGCAAAGUUCAGUUCGUAAACAACAGAUCGGAACACCAGUUUCCAACCAUCAACUUGCUACUGAAAUCGAAAAAAUCACCAAAGAGAAGAAUGUGGAAAUUGAGCCGAUUCAAACUGGUCAACCGAGUUUUGAUUCCUAUUCAUUUGCGGAUAUUGAAAUUGGCUCAUCCAUUAAUGGUGAUAAGUAUCAUCGAGCGUUAAGUACUACACCCAAAAGUAUUCCAUCACAUAAACGCUCUUCUAUAGCAACGAAUCUGUCAGUAUAUUCAAGUCAAACACUGCUUCGAAAGUUGCGUGACAAAGCUCAUAUUCUCGAUGAAUACUAUCAGGAUGUAUCAACCAAAAUGUCUCAACGCCCUGUAACGUCACUUUCGUCGUCAUCGUCAUCACUUCGCGAACCAUCUGGCGCAACGCCACGCUUAUUUCUUCACCAUAAUCGUUCGAAUGAUAGUAUGAAAAAAUCAACACGAAGAAACUAUCGACAAUUAUAUAGUACCGUGUCGUCCAACAGCUCAAGAUUUGACUUAUAUAACGAUGAAGAUAAUAUUUUACGAGAAUUAAUACGUUUUAACAAUGAUAUCGAUCUGAUUCUAUCGCGUUUGGAAAUGGAAGGUGAAAAUCUACCCCAAUUACAAACCCCGGAUUUGAUUUUAUCGGAUAACGAUGAUCAAAUUCAACAGUUGAAUGUCAACCCAAGCGAGGAUUCGCAUUCAAAUUUCGAUCUUCCGAACAACACUAAUCCAGAGGAAGAAGACGAACUUGAUCAGACGACUUCAAACGAUAUUCUGACAAUGCGGACGAACACGAACGAAUUGAACAUUCAUUUACUUCUUUCGAAUGAUAUCGACCAGCUACGCGAACUAGCACUAACAAACUUGUUGAAGAUGACCGCGCAAAGCUGUACAUCGGACAUUGUACAUAAUUACGAAACGAUAACAUUAGCGAAAUUGAAUAAACUGCCGAAGUCAACAACAUGGAAAGGAAAACGUGUCUUCGGUGUCCCAUUACGUGUAUAUCAACAAACGACAGGUCGUAUCCUACCCAUGGCGAUAGCGAACGCCUUGCAGUAUAUACGUGUUCAUGCUGGCAAAUGUGACGGACUAUUUCGUAAACCAGGUGUCAAGUCGAAAAUCGAACGUUUACGGUCUCAAAUUGAAUCAUUGAAUGAAUCAAACAACGAAUAUGCAUUCGAUUCAAUUAAAUUUGAUGAAUAUCAACCGUAUGUUGUUGCAGAUACGAUUCGACAGUAUUUUCGAGAAUUACCCGAAUGUCUCAUGCCACCAGUGCUAACACGAUUGUUAUGUGAUUUACUCAAACAUCUCUCACAAGAAGAACAAUUAUUAGCAAUACGUUACACAUUCUUAGUAUUACCAGAUGAAACUCGUGAAAUAUUGGAAACAAUUCUUCGAUUUCUAUUAGAUAUAUCCGUACGAUUAGGAAACAACCAAAUCAAUUGUCGCAGUUUAGCACGUAUUUUUCUUCCAUCUGUCUUUCAAUCGUUUUAUGACAUGCAUCAUACAUCAUCGAAGCUUCUUUGGUGGAAGUGGAAAAAGGAAAAAACGGAUGGAAUCUCUCAAGAAAAUGAUCGUUUGAUCUUAGAAAACUGCCUAAUGACAAUGAUUCUCAAUGUCGAUAUUCUAUGUCGGGUUCCAAGUGCACUUAAUGAUGAACUUAACUUGCCGUCAGCAAGAAAAACAAAACGGCUUGAUGAACUUGUUCGUCAUACAUGUAAUGGCGAAUUCCACAUAAAGAAAUUCGUAUCGAAAUCUAGUGAACAAUUUCUUCAACGUAUAUCGACAACAAAAUUCAAAGCUAUUCCAACCCACGUCGAUGGUGUCAGUGUAGCCGUACAUAAACCGUCGGCAACAUUAUCCAAUGCAGAUGAGAAUAAUUUACCGAUAUGGAAAUGUUCAAUAGAUAUACCAGAUACAAAUGUUAAACAAGUCUAUGAGAGAAUCGAACACGAUCGAUAUCUAUGGGAUAAACAUGUGGCAGAGAGUCGAACAGUAGAGAAAAUCGAUGAAGAUAAGGAAAUAGUGCAAUAUGUACUUAAUUAUCUCGAUCUCGUUCCUGUUCGAUCGUUUUGUGAAUUUCGUUUUUCAAAAAAAAUCACAUCGCGAUCAGCAUCUAAUGCCAAUGCUAUGCUCAUAAGUGCUGUAUCUAUUGAUCAUCUCCAAAAUCACUUUCUACCUGGUAGUAUGGGUGUGACUUAUAAUAUGCACUAUUAUAUAACACCGUCACUUACACAACCCGGCCAUACAACAGUGACACAAAUCGCUUGUGUCGAUUUCAGUGGCCGAUCCACACAAUGGUAUGAGAAUGUCUAUGGAUUUUUAUUAGCACACAAUCUUUUAUCAUUACGGAAUUCGUUUUUGAAUACAAAUACUGUUCAAAUUUGA